CUGAGACCCAAGCCAGUGUCUUCAGCCAGCUGUGCAAGGAGCGUGGUGUUGUCUCUGGAGAACGGCAGCUUUUUUUUAGAUAGCAAAUCCUGCUCAGCUGCUUGAGGACCCAGGUCUUGUAGGUUUUGCCAGAAGUGACUCCUUUUUGUGGCUUGCCUUCUGCAAUACGGGCACUCAAGCAUUGGAGAGACUUCUCUAUUUUCUUCUCACCCUUGCUCUUGGAUAACGGAGAAAAUGCACUGCAUGCAGAAUCCUUUGUCAUGGGAAAAACACAGGAAGCACAAUACUGCAACAUCUGCAACUGCUCUGCCCUGCUGGGAUUGAACUCUAAUUUUCUACAUAAUGAUGGAGAUGAAUAUCCCUUAAAGGUGCAAAUGUAGGCCAGGUCUUCACAGGGAAGAAUGUCUGCUAAUGAGGACCUCUCUCCACACAGAAAGCUGUUCUCAGGCACAAUGAGGGGAUACUGAGCAGAACUUGGAGCCAAACAAGAUUGCACUGCCUCUACAACAAAACUCUGCAUCUGAAAGUGAAAUUAAUUCUGUGAGUUCUCACUUUGCAGAUUUCUUAAAAGGAGUCUUCCAGAAACUGCACCAAGCAAGAUUUUGGGAAAGAUAUGACUUAGAUGAAGAGCAAGUUCAGUAGGCUGCUCUGGGCCCCUGCACAUACUGGGGUGCAGGUUGAAUUCAGUUGUAUGCAAUGGAACAGCUGGUUGAAAAAGGGAAAGAAAAUGCACUGUGAUUACUGUUUUCUACUGCUCCCUCACCUGGGCCCUGCUCCCAGAAUCAGAAUGAUAAGGAUACCAGCAGUGCCACCCAUAAAUAUUGAAACUGUGUCAUCUGAGGGAAGAGAAUGAAGACAUCUUCCAAAAAUGGAAGUUAUAUAAAUUGGUUCUCCUGCCGGGGAAGUCAAAGAAAAAAUUCAGGUGGUGGAAGAGGAGCUCCAGUCAGUCCCUCGCCCUCUGGAAGAGCAGCAGGACACGUGUGCCACGUCCCGUGGGGAGCCCGCCGAGGGUGGCUGCACACCAGGAGCCCCUGGAAUGAUUUUCAUCAAUAAUGAGUGGCAGAAUUCUGAAAGUGGAAGAAUAUUCCCAGUAUAUAAUCCAGCAACAGGAGAACAAAUCUGUGACAUUCAGGAAGCUGACAAGGUUGAUACGGACAAGGCAGUGAGGGCAGCUCGGCUGGCUUUUUCCCUUGGCUCUGUUUGGAGGAGAAUGGAUGCCUCAGAAAGAGGCCAUCUUUUGGAUAAGUUAGCAGACUUGGUGGAAAGGGACAGGGCAAUUCUUGCUACUAUGGAAUCACUGAACAGCGGCAAACCGUUCUUGCAAGCUUUCUAUGUCGAUCUCCAGGGAGUCAUAAAAACCCUGAGGUAUUAUGCUGGCUGGGCAGACAAAAUCCAUGGAAUGACCAUUCCUGUAGAUGGAGAUUAUUUUACGUUUACAAGACAUGAACCCAUCGGAGUGUGUGGACAGAUCAUCCCUUGGAACUUCCCCCUGCUGAUGUUUGCAUGGAAGAUUGCUCCAGCUCUGUGCUGUGGCAAUACAGUAGUUAUUAAACCAGCAGAACAAACACCACUCAGUGCUCUCUAUAUGGGUGCCCUCAUCAAGGAGGCUGGCUUUCCACCAGGAGUUGUCAAUAUUUUGCCAGGAUUUGGUCCAAUUGUUGGUGCAGCCAUAGCCUCUCAUGUCGGCAUUGACAAAAUUGCUUUCACUGGAUCCACUGAGGUUGGGAAGCUGAUCCAAGAAGCAGCUGGAAGGAGUAAUUUGAAGAGAGUUACACUGGAGCUGGGUGGGAAAAGCCCAAACAUUAUUUUCGCAGACGCUGACUUGGACUAUGCUGUGGAACAAGCUCACCAAGGAGUCUUCUUCAAUCAAGGUCAAUGCUGCACUGCAGGCUCACGGAUUUAUGUGGAAGAGUCGAUCUAUGAAGAGUUUGUCAGAAGAAGUGUAGAACGUGCAAAGAGAAGAGUUGUGGGCAGUCCUUUUGACCCAACCACAGAACAAGGUCCACAGAUUGAUAAAAAACAAUACAACAAGAUCUUGGAACUGAUUCAAAGUGGCAUCACUGAAGGAGCAAAACUUGAGUGUGGGGGAAAGGGGCUGGGAAGAAAGGGAUUCUUCAUUGAACCUACGGUGUUUUCCAAUGUAACAGAUGACAUGCGGAUUGCCAAGGAGGAGAUUUUUGGGCCUGUUCAAGAAAUACUGAGAUUUAAAACCAUGGAUGAAGUUAUAGAGAGAGCCAACAAUUCAGAUUUUGGGCUGGUAGCAGCUGUCUUUACAAAUGACAUAAACAAGGCCCUGACAGUCUCUUCAGCAAUGCAGGCUGGGACAGUCUGGAUAAAUUGCUACAAUGCCUUAAAUGCCCAAAGUCCUUUUGGAGGAUUCAAAAUGUCUGGCAAUGGGAGAGAGAUGGGUGAAUGUGGAUUGAGAGAAUAUUCUGAAGUUAAAACUGUGACAAUAAAGAUCCCUCAGAAGAACUCCUAAAAUUACAGAGGACCGUGUUGUGCAGAAGAGCACAUGAUGCCACCUUCUCUAUUCCUUAUGGAGACCAGCACUCAGGAAUAAAAAGUGUUACACAAUAUAUAUUUAAGAAAUUAAGUUGCAACAUAUAUACUGGGCACAUGUUAUAACUGAGUACGUAAUGCAAACCAACUUUGCAUGUUUUCAUAAAACUCUCCUGAGAAUCGUUACAUCUUUAUAAAACAAAUCUUAAUGAGAUAAAGUUGCUACUGGGCAUCAUUUAAUAAUGGUUCCAGCUAUAAAACUGUUAAAUGCAAAUGCAUGCACACACACAUUUAUCUCUUCCUUAAAUAAACAAAAUAAGUCUUACUGCUUUCAGGUUGCCUUCUCAAACAGACCUGCCUUGUACUGACAUUGUAGUUUCAACCAGGGCUCUAUAAUCCAGAUUUUACCCAGAACACUAGCAAUGAACAACGCAAACAAGUGUCAUUGAUGUUCUUAAAAAAUAAAAGACUCUGAAUGGUAAUGGCCUCAAACCUGCCACAGUGGCAACUUUCCAAUUAGCCCACCCACAUAAAAAGGUCAGACUGGGGAGGGAAUCAAUCUGCUGCACGGCCAAUGAAAGCCAAAUACUUAUCAGUGAGAUUUGGCUUUCAUGGCUCACAGCAAUUUGGAUUUCAAAGCUUAUUUUCGUAAUUACUUUAUGUCUUGCUAUAAGCAAAAAGUCCUCCUUCACUCACAGGAACUUGAAGGGAUUUACCUGCCUGCCAAAAGAGCAAGGCCAGACAGGGUGGGUGGGUGUUAACGAGAACAGGAACAGAUUCCAAGGCUUCACAGAAUAUUUUAGCUUUCACUGCUUGUCUAGUUUUGUUGUUGUUAUUGUUACUGUUGUUGCUUUCACCUUUUUUCUUUUUUAAACAAAUAUAUGCACGCACAGGCUCCAUUUAUUUGUCUGCUAUUAAAUUGCCUGUGAUUACACUGGGAAUCAUUAAGUACUUGUGACAGCUUUUACUAAAUGAUGUCUUGCCAUCCUCACCAUGCUUGUGCACCUCAGGUGAUGUUACUGGCUGGUACUGAGCUUUCAAUUAUUUGGGUUUUUUGGAUCCAGGACAGAAAUAUAAGCAAGUUCUUUCAGAAUUGAGGUGUUUACAACCUGUCACAUUUUUACCUGCUGCCUACAAAAUCUCUUCAAAUCUAUCACUGACAAACUAAACACUAUCUCUUUCCUUUUUCAGCUGCAGAGCUCAUCAAUUCCCCAGAUUCUUUUAAAGAAGUUUCAUUUAUGUUUUAACUUAGAAUUAAUAAAAUCUAUUUUAGAAGUACAAUAAAUAAUCCACACAGUAGCUACACAAUCUGAGGUGUAAGGACAGAAUUACAGCCUCAGGUGUAAGUUUUUCUAGCUGCACAGUCUGUGCUAUGAACUGUUCAAACUCCAUCCCUGAUCAGAAACUAACUUCUGCAUGUUCUUAACUUCUUUUAGACUCUGAGGAGUUCCUCUUAGAUUUGAAGUUGUAUGUGUCCUUCAACAUACUGCUGGAUCAGGACAAGUCCCCAGCACUUUGUAGUGUGGUGGCCCUCAAUAUUUUGUCACUCAUGUCAAACUGUGUGUGUGUUUUUAAGCAAUAUGUCUACAUGUCAUUAUUGAGAACUGACAGUACAUUCACAGACAUGGAGAUAAAUCAAAGUAUUCCUGAGUUGUUAAAUUCCAAUGCCAUAUACUUCUACUGUAGUGUAUGUCAGAGUGAAGAAAAAACAAAAUACAGCAAGUAAGAGAUUAGUAAUAUUUUAAACUGCAAUAUAAAAUGUGAAAAAGGAGAUUUUACUUCUUUUCUCCUAUUUGCUUAAAAAA